GUGUCUUACGGCGCAUGCGCCACCUGGAAAGGAGCUCUGUCGAGGUCGAACUGCAGGAGCUGGGCAUUCUUGGGCAAAAACAAGGCGCAAAAUGCCCCAAGACUAUGAAAAGGGGGCAUACCCUGAGCCUCCACGGCAAACCCCGGCCGUGGACAAGCAGACGGCGCUGCCCAACCCGGCUCUAAUUCUGUCUAAACUCUUCUUAUACACCGUGGACCUGCCUGUCACCACAUUUAAGGAUACUAUUGACAGCAUCCGGUCAAAAAACAAGGGGGUUUACUACCACCAGAAGUUCCGGCGUGUCCCCGACCUGACGGAGUGCCAGGAGGGAGAUUACCCCUGCUACUACGAGGCGGAGAUGCAGUGGAGGAGAGACUAUAAGGUGGAUCAGGAGAUCGUGAAGGUGAUCCAGGAACGAAUGAGGGCCUGUCAGCAGAGAGAGGGCUUCAGCUACGAGCAGAACUGCGCCAAAGAAAUCCAGCAGUUCAAGGAGGUGUCCAAGAACUUCCAGUCGCGCUAUGGAGACCUGGGAGCGUAUGCGAGCGCCAGGAAGUGUCUAAUGAAGCAAAAGGAGCGAAUGAUGGCAGCUGAGGCCCAGAGUGCUUAGUAACAGUCCUCUUUCUGUCCAGUGUAUUAAUUGUAAAAUAAAGUUUAUGUGAUUAAAAACUG